CCUUUCAAUCUUAUCACUGUUAUAUAGUUGAAAUGUGUCAUUGGUCGCUUUGAAAUUUCAAUUUGCAACUCUUUCUUCUUUUCUUUUCUUGAAAGCCACGCCUUAAUCCGGUGAGGAAUUUCUAGCAUCUCACAGGACUGAAGCAGGCGGCUAUAUAAAUGUCAUGCAACCUGCAAAGAAUAGAACAUAAAAAUGGCUAGUUUGAGGUUGUUCUUGUGUUUCUUUCUCUUUACUGCAAUUUCUGUCAACAUUGUAUGCAGCCGUAGUCUGCAAAAAGAUCAUAUCGCCUUGUUUAUCUUUGGGGAUUCAGUGUAUGAUCCUGGAAAUAAUAACUACAUCGACACGACUGCUCGGGCAAAUUAUUAUCCAUAUGGUGAAACCUUCUUCAAAUACCCCACUGGGAGGUUUUCUGAUGGUCGUUUAACUUCAGACUUCAUUGCCGAGUAUGCAAAUUUACCACUAAUUCCACCAUAUCUUCAACCUGGGAAUCAUGAAUUUACUGCUGGGGUCAACUUUGCUUCAGCUGGAGCUGGUGCUUUGUCUGAAACUAAUCAAGGAUUCGUGAUAGAUUUGAAAACCCAGCUAAGUUAUUUCAAGAAGGUGGCAAAGCAGUUGAGACAGGAACUAGGUGAUGCGGAAGCCAUGGCCUUCCUCUCCAAAGCUGUUUACUUAAUUAACGUUGGAAGCAAUGAUUACGUAUUACCUUUCACCACAAACUCCACCGUCUUUCAGUACUUCUCCAAACAACAAUAUGUUGGAAUGGUGAUUGGCAAUCUAACUGAGACUAUCAAAGAAAUACAUAAGGAAGGAGGAAGGAAAUUCGGGUUUCGAAACUUUGGGUCAAUGGGAUGUAUCCCAUUACUGAAAGCACUUGUACCUGGAAAUACAACAGGUUCCUGCUUUGAACAAGCAAAUGAACUAGCCAAACUACACAACGCAGCUUUCACUAAAGCCCUGGAAGAGAUGGAGAUCAAACUAGUACAAUUCAAAUACUCAAUGCAUCAUUUGAAUAUUUAUCUUAGUGAACUGACGAAAAAUCCCAGAAGAUUUGGUUUCAAGGAGGUAAAUAAAGCAUGUUGUGGAAGCGGUCCUUACAGAGGAAUUUCGAGCUGUGGGGGGAGGAGGGGUGUGACAGAAUACGAAUUAUGUUCAGACCCCACUCAAUAUUUUUACUUUGACUCGAGCCAUGUUUCUGAAAAGGCCAACAGACAGAUUGCUCAGCUGAUGUGGAGUGGACCACCUAAUAUUACGGGGCCUUACAAUCUAAAAGCAUUGUUUCAACCAUAAUCAUUUGAUUUCAUCCAACAUCAUCUUUACAUAAUUAUUUAGUACAAAUGAAUAAAGCCAUAGAAAAAGAGUGCCUAAAGCUAAAA